AUGAAACCGGACCCCGAGACAUCCGCCGCCCCCUCCUCAUUCCCAACCAAAACUCCCGCCACAACCCCCAAGAAACCACCAUGCGCCCAGUCUAAAGACUUCACCCUGCCCAAGCUCCGCCUCGAGAUCCGAGAUCUCACCCACCCGGGCGCCAACCUGGCCCUCACCUCGGUCAACGCCGCCGAAACCAUCACCACCGCCGCCCGCAACGUCCUCCGCCUCCUCUACACCUCCCCGGCCUCGCCCACCACCACGCCGCCGCCCACCCGCUCCAUCACCCUCAUCCUCCGCGACAUGCCGGGCGUGGCCUACACAACGGGCACCGAGCUCGACGACGACCACAAGGAGGUCCACUUCUCGCUCAACCACAUCGCCGGCACGAGCAAGCCGCGCGCCGCCCAGGAAAUCACCGGCGUCAUCACCCACGAGCUCGUCCACUGCCUGCAGUGGAACGCCUUCGGCACCUGCCCCGGCGGCCUGGUCGAGGGCGUCGCCGACUGGGUCCGGCUCAACUGCGACCUGGCGCCGCCGCACUGGAAGAAGGAGGCCGCCGACAAGUGGGACGCGGGCUACCAGCACACGGCCUACUUCCUCGACUACCUGGAGCGGACGCGCGGGGCCGGCCUUGUGACGAGGCUGAAUGAGAAGCUGAGGAUCGAAAGGUACGCCGAGAGGAGGUUUUGGAUGGAGCUGACGGGGCAGACGGUGGACGACUUGUUUGCCGAGUAUGUCGAGAGUCUCAAGGCCGGGCAGUAG